AUGUCGCCAAAGGGAACGGGAAAGCCGUUCAUCGAGUGGUGCGCAGAGAACGGCGAGCGCGGUGAGAAGCUCCUGAAGGAGUACUGCGACGCGGACAGGGGGGCGGCUGAAGUGGCGAAGGGGUCGAACUACAGAGCGCUUUGGAAGUGCAGCAGUGCGGGGUGCGGGCACGAGUGGCGAGCUCAGGUAGGUACCCGCACGUUGAGCGACAGACCCCACGGGUGCCCAAAGUGCAACCCUGGAGGUAGUAAUGGAGUUACCCCGACCGACAAUUUCCUCACGUGGUGCGCGCAGAACGGACGGCGAGGUGCCGAGCUCCUUCGUGAAUAUCGCGACCCGAAGAAGUUGCCCGACGAGGUGAAGAAGGGGUCGAACUACGAGGCGCUUUGGAAGUGUGCGAAGUGCAAGCACAGGUGGCGGACGAAGAUGAACAACCGCACGAGGAGGGUCAGACCCAUCAGAUGUCCGCAGUGCAACCCUCCUGGAGCAACGAAGCGACGCAAACAGGAAUGA